AUGUUCGACGACGAAAACUUCAAUAUUUUUAAAGACGAAACUGUAGUUGAUAAGGAGACAGCAGCUAAUCGAACUAAGCUUCCUCGAAAAGCAAGAAAUUUCAGUAAAGUACAACUUCAAUUAGCUCUACGCAAAAAGAAGGACUGCAACGCUAAAGCUCAGUCUAUUGUGGAAGCUCUGCUAGAACCAAUUGAUAAUGUUGACUGGUUUCUGCAUAACUUGCGAGAUAUUAACCAAUGCCACUACGAUGAUGUCACCCAGGAAAGAGCGAUCCAGCGAAUUUGCGGCUAUCCACUUUGCAAGGUGGAGCUAACGAACCUGCCGAACAAAAAAUACGUUAUCUCACUGUCGAAUAAGAAAGUAUACGACAUCACUGAGCGGAAGAAUUUUUGCAGCGGCUCUUGCUACAAGGCAUCCGGCUAUAUCAAAGCUCAACUGCUAACGAGUCCACUUUGGCUUCGUGACCAGGAAGAUAUCCCACAGUUUAAAUUAUACGGCGUCAUUAGGAAAAAUAACACUAGCAAGCCAUCAAAUCCGGUGGAGCUACUUGGAUUCGAGAACCUUCGUAUCAUAGAAAGAACAUCCGACGGCAACCAAGCUUUCCAAAGGGAAAAUAUUAGGGAAGGUGACGAGAUACCGCUGGUCAGCGUUAACCAAAACGCGAGAUCGCAACAAUCUUCGAAUACCGAUGACGGUGAAACCCAUGAUUUGAACUUGAAACAGCAGCAGCAGCAGCAGCAGCUCGGAAAUAUCGACAGAUGCAACGCGUGUGUUAGAUCGCAGCAGCAACAACAGCAGCAGCAACAGCCUGCAGCAGCCGCCGAAAACUAG